AUGAGAAGAGCAGGCAUGCUCUUUGAGGUGGUUCGUGAACGUAGCAGCAUCGCAUUUCUACUUAACGUCACUGCUAAUGGUGACUCCACCGGACCUGAAGUAGUGCGUGUGCUCUCCCGGCGCGUUGCCCGCGUCUACGACCCCGAGACCAAGCGCUCUCGCGAAGCAUUGCCCGUCACAUCACAGCUGGGCGAGCAGACCGCCCGAACGGAGAUUGAGGGGAUGCCGGAGCUUGGCUGGGCUGUUGACACCCAGGCGUGGACGUGUCCUUGCAACUACUGGGCGAAGUUUGGAACGUGUAUCCAUACCCUGCUCGCAAAGCACGUGCGUGGAGUUCAUGCAUUGAAGAUCGCGAACGGCUCGUACACCGCGGGCCCAACAGGCGACAAACGGCGGAUAGACACGGACUUCCUGGGCGCCCGUUCACUAACACGCCAGCACUGCAGAUCGAAUAGCUCAGGUUAG